GCUAACAGCAGCUGGCGGGGCCAAUAUGGCGCAGGUCUGGUCAGAGAUGGAGGUUCCUCUGGACGCGGACCAAGCUGAGGACCGAGGGAAAGGUGUUUCGAGACGUUGUAGAGGACGACCCAGGCUUACGGACUCCGACCGAGCACAGAGGCGUCUUGAAUCCCGAAAGAAGUACGACGUGAGGAGGGUGUACCUGGGGGAGUCGCACAGGCUGUGGAGCGAGCUCCGCCGGCGGACCAGCCUGACUGAUGCUGGACUGGCAGAGUACCUGAUCCUGCUGCACUCCACCUACGGAGAGAAGUACCAGCAGAAAUACUGCGGGAAGAAGGUUUACCCCGAAGUAUCAGUAAAACUGAAAAAAGGCAGGAGGGAGUGUGUGUCCAGUCUGCAGAGCCUGCUGUGUUGGUACCAGGAGCACUCCCGCUCCUGCCCCCACGAGCCCCAGCUCCAAGCCUUGGAGCCCCAGCCCGACCUCUCUACGGCUGCGGUCUGGCAGUGUGACUCCAAACACUUGUUUGUGCAGUACCUGUUUGCACCGAGGUGGGAGGCUGGUGGAUCUGAAGAUGAGGAGCGAGUGAACGGAGAGGGGGACGGCGAUGGCGCAGCAAAGACAGAGUCACUGGAGACUAAAAGUGUGGUGGGCAGGAGGAGGAGGAGGAGGGAGGCUCACAAACCGUUCAAAGAUGUGGGAGAAAAUGUGGAUGUUUCUGAGGUGCAACAUACAACCAUGAGCGUGGUGGAACAGGCAGCAGAUCCAAACCCCCAGCCCGGUGUAGACGUGUCUUCCAGGGAUGAUCAGCUGACAGCACAGCCUGUCUGGGAGAUGGAGGUGGUCAUGAAACAGCAAGACUCCCCGGGCACAGCAUUUCACUCCAUCCCCUCAGAGGAGGAGGCAGAGGAUCUGAGGGGAGGCAGAGAAGAAUGUGAGGGACUCGGAGAAGAAGAAGAAAUCAGGGCUCUACCACACAGGUACGAGUGUGCUACAAGUGUGAUGACAUCUUUAGCUGAGAAACUGGAGAAGACGGAGGACGACUCGGUGCUGUCCCAGAGCCUUAGUGACUCGGUGCCUCCAGCCGUGCAGGUCCAAGAGCAGAGUGAGCUGUUUGACCCCCAGACUCUGCAGACGGUGGUGACCAGCUGUGAGAUUCCUGACCAGAGGAUGUCUUUGGAAGGCUCACAGCUGAUUAUCAUCACUGGCCCCAGCUACGAGGCCCUGGCAUCAGAUGGCAUCCAGCUCAAUAUGGGCAGUGGAAACGUGGAGGAAGUCACCUGCACCGUCAUCGGGGGUGUGACCUACAACCAGGUGUGCCCGUCCGACUCAAAAAUCAGAGCUGCAGAGGAGGAAGACUCCAUGACAGGCCUGAGUGACAAGCAGCUGCUGCAGCCAGCUGUCGACUCUUUGGAGCUGAGUAGUGACCCGGAGCUGCAAAGGGGUCUCAGCAGUGUCAGGUCGAAGAGAAACCGGCGAGGCCCUGUCAUCGAGGCCGACGGGAUGCUGAAGAUGUUCCACUGUCCAUAUGAGGGCUGCAGCCAAGUCUAUGUAGCUAUUAGCAGCUUUCAGAAUCACGUGAACCUGGUUCACAGGAAAGGGAGGACCAAGGUGUGCCCCCAUCCAGGUUGCGGAAAAAAGUUCUACCUGUCGAACCACCUGCAUCGCCAUAUGAUCAUCCAUUCAGGGGUCAGAGAUUUCAUCUGUGAGACGUGUGGGAAAUCAUUUAAGCGUAAAAAUCACCUGGAGGUUCACAGGCGGACACACACAGGAGAGACACCGCUGCAGUGUGAAAUCUGUGGCUACCAGUGUCGCCAGCGUGCGUCCUUGAACUGGCACAUGAGGAAGCACACUCCGGAGGCCCACUACAACUUCACCUGUGACUUCUGCGACAAGAGGUUCGAGAAGCUGGACAGUGUGAAAUUCCACAAGCUAAAGAGCCACCCCGACAAACAGGCCACCUGAGGUGGCACAGGUGCAGCUGAGCGCGUGGAAGCCACAGGAAGACUUCCAGUGAAGACAGAGACUGUGCUGACCUCCUGUGUCAAGGAUGAUGUGAACACACACAGGCACACGUGAGCCACGGGAACAGCUGUGCAGGACCAGCUGUUUCACAGAACAGGGCCCAGCCGCUACACUGGUAAUCCACUGCUGAUCAGUGGUGUCCAGUUGACCAUUAACCAAGUAUAUAUGGUUACGGCUCCAUGUUGAUGCCACAGCUGGCACACGCCAAGUUACAAAAAUUGAGAGGUGCACAGCCUGGCAAAAGGACACCAAUGCGCACCACGUGCCGUACGCUUGUAACGUUAUAUUGGCACGUGCCACCAGGUGCACGGGUGCAAAGGGCGAGUAUAAACUGUUACUCUCCCCAAACACAGUGAGGAGUCCUCAUCCUAAGGUUAAAGUGAAAUGUUCUGUUUGGAGAAAUGAAUGACGCAAACUGUGUCUUGCCUCAGUCACCAAGCAGCUAACGCUGAGCAGGUCUAGAACAUAUUUAAAACACCGACUGCCAUGCUCUUAUCUGCAGUGCAGAGCCACACUGUGCUGUUCCUUUAUCUCUGUCUUCUGUAUUAACUGGUGAGCAUGCUAACGUUUAGCACACAUGUAACUUUAACGUAUUUCCACGCCCAUAUGACCUUCCAUAGGAUUCCUGUUUUACAGUGAGUCAGUCUGGAGCGUUCAAGAUGUUGAGUUGCAGAUUUCCAGCCAAUUCAUAGAGAUUACAUUAGCUAGCUGAAUUAACUAGCUAGCUACAAUCAUUAGUUCAGUCAGCAGCGUUGUCGAGGGAUAAGAAGCCUCCAGUUUUCUACCUCUGAAAUCAGAACCUGCUGUUUAGAGAAUGAGUACGAAUUUCUCGGUGCUAAAUCUGUCAGCACUGAUUGUAGCAGGUUUGUCAAUGGCCAGUUAAAGUGAUUCCACCAAAGGAACAUCUUCACAGUGGUAAAUGGGGCACAGUCUUUCUUUUUAAAGGGUAAAACACGCAGACACUUGCAUGGUCCUUUAAAGAUUAACUAUAAAAUAUGAUUGCUUGGUCCGUUAAUGCACCACUAAGCAGGAUUGUGGUGGAUAAAUGUCGAUGCCACUACAUAUGUGUGUUUUAAUAUAUUUGAAAUGAAGGCUGUGAAAAUGGAGGUCUGAGCGCCAUGUAUUGCACAAAUGUCCAGAGUGAGCAGCUGCUGUGUGGGCCAUCGACAUUUUCCUGUUCUCUGUUGUUGCCAUCCCAGUGUCUUGACUCACAGACACACACACACACACACAUGAGAAAUCCUGCAAGUUAAAUGUGACAGCUUCUCAGGAAAAUCCUGCCCUUUUGGAUGUUUGUAUUUUAGUUUCUGAGCAGAUGCACCUUUCUGUUAACAGAUGAAUCAGUGAAAUAUAUGAAUGAGAAGACUGGUGUUUUUGGUGUGCUGUUCUUCUUCUGCAAGACACAAGUGAAUAAAAUGCAGCGUGUUCGUGCCUCUUGCAUAAUGUUCAGUAGUGUGCGUGUGCAUAAAUACAGGAAAGUGUCCUGACACCUAGUCAGGCAGUGAUCUC